AGCUAGCUAACAGCUAACAGCUAGCUAACGUCAGGGCGUCAGAAGUUGGCAUCAGUUCAGUUCAGAGUCUGGCCUUAUAACCAGGCCGCCUGCCAGGCAGCCGCUAAACAACAAACCCUGUCUGCUUCAAUCAGAUAAAAGCCUCUUUACUCUGCCCCAGCAAACUAGGAGCUAAAAGCUGCUUCCUCCUGACAGAACAGCCCAAUGUCAACCAGCCAGAAAUAGAAGCCUAUGUAAUGCUAACAUGAAGUCAGCUUCCGGUUGCACCUUCUAGAAUAAGCCAGGACUAAUUCCUCCUCGUGCUUUCCUCCUACAGUCUACUUGAGUGCUUUUAUUGUGAAGGUAAAUGCAGCGACUUCCUGUCUGAUGGUGGUGACGUCACACAGCUCGUAGCAGUAGUUUGGCUUUAACAUCAGCAGCUAGAUAGUAGCUUUACCUGAAGUUUAGUAAACGUUGUUUAGUUGUGUACGCUAACCUGUUUAUCUUGAGUUUGCGUUUUAAGUGUUUGAGACAAACAUUAAUGGACUUUGUGCAGGAAUCUCACCAACUGGUUUGUUUUGCUUCAGGUGCUGCGUUUAUGGUCGUGCUAUCAUAACACAAGUCUGUGGUUAAACAGCAGAGAGGAGGUGGGGAGGAGUAGAGGAUGAUGAUAAUGCAGCGCAUCCUAACACAUGGGACCCUGCGGCGGGUGGCAGCAGCACGCCCGUUACUGGUGGGCGUCACCAUCCCUGAACCACCGGUAGCAUUUUGUUGCUGUGUCCUCCGCCUGUCGCUGCCAUCACCACCACCACCCACAGGCCGGCGCUGGCUGACAACCUCAGCCUCCAGCAAGGCGGCACAUCAGCCGAAACACCAGCCGCCGCAAGAGGAACCACAGUCCAGCUCCACAUCUCAAACACAGGAGGCCCAGAAAGGGGAGGCUGGGCCUGAUCCUGUAGAGGUAGAAGUGGACCCCCUGCAGGACAAGUCCACCGGUCUGGUCCAGAGGUUUAAGAGGACCUUCAAACAGUACGGGAAGGUGUUGAUCCCUGUGCAUCUCUUGACGUCCUCAGUCUGGUUAGGAACCUUCUAUUACGCUGCUAUGAAAGGUGUGAAUGUAGUGCCCUUCCUGGAGAUGAUUGGUCUACCAGAGUCACUAGUUGACCUUUUGAAAGACUCUUCGAGUGGCUACGCUCUGACAGCGUACGCCAUGUACAAGAUCGCAACCCCUGCUAGAUACACGGUGACUCUGGGCGGCACGUCGCUAUCUGUUCAGUAUCUCCGCAAGCACGGCUACUUAUCCACGCCGCCGCCAGUCAAGGAAUACAUCCAGGACAAAAUGGAGGAGACAAAGGACAAACUGACAGAAAAGAUGGAGGAGACAAAGGAGAGAUUUUCAGAGAAGAUGGAGGAAACAAAGGAGCGUUUAUCUGAGAAAAUGGAAGAAACUAAAGACAAGCUUUCUGAGAAACUCCAGGAAACCAAAGACAGAGUCUCAGAGGGAAAAUCGUUUUUCAGAAAGAAAAGCGAUUAGCGAUUCCCGUUUACAGAUGGCGCUUCUGAAUAAAUGAUCUUAUGUUGAUCCAGACAAGUAAUCAGUGAGUUUGGGUCAAGUAACAGACGGCACUUAUGAGACUGUUCGGAAAGAAGAGAGAGACUUUGUACUAUCCCUGUCCUAAAAUUUCACCUCACACAUCUCAGUUAUCAGCUGUUGUCUAUUUGAGUGUCAAAUUCAGUCCCUAAUUGUCCAAACUCUGCCACGAUGUAAGUUUAGACUAGACGGCAGCUUAGCAGUUUCCUGGCAAUGCCACAUUCUGGCUCUGUCAUCUCAGACUGGAUUUGCACAGGCUCAAGUGAUCUGGGCUGUAAAAAGAAGAGAAGCUGUGUUCUUACUUCUCUAUACGUAAAUACACAAGGUUAAAAAAGAAAAAAAAAAACAGCAUCUAUUAAAAACCGUGUGGGAGACAGCAGUGCUUAUCUCUCUGGUUGUUGGGAAAAUAAAACUUGAAGCUCAUGAUUACUUGUGUGUACUAGUCCGUCAAAGCCUGGGUAUCACCUUGUGUCUUUACUAAUGUAAUGACAAAGAAAUUCAGUUUUUCUAAUGUAUUUUUAUCCUAUAGCCCAAGCUAAUAUAUAUUUUGUUUUUGUUUUGCUGUCUGUACCACGUCAUGUAGUGACUGAAAGUCAAGUGAUCGUUUGAGAGCACAUGUCAGUUAACGUGACGAGUUGUCCAUCGUACAUGUAACCAUGCAGCGGGUGCAGCAGCAGUAGGCACACUGUAAUACGUCAAGUGUUGACAGUGUGCCAGAUGAAAUGUCUUGGGGUACUUGUGUCCUAAAUGCACAAAUGUUCUUGUCGGUAAUUCAAAGAGAUGUCUGAUUAAAAUCACAACCGAAUAAAGUGAAAUGAUUAAUGAUCAAA